GGAUUCCUCCCUGCGCGACCGAGAUGAGCCAGCGCUCCCUGGGGCCGAGUUUCCCUGCUGUCAAAUGGAAGAGGUGUUGGUUCCUUCCCUUUGACAGUCAAGCAAGGGCGUGGCCGGAGGGGGACUGAGGGAGAGGGGGCCAAACUGCCUUGGCUGGUACCUCCAGACGUCAGUAAAGGUCCUGCCUGUCUUUUACUCAACUUUGCCUUUCUUUUGCUCAGAAACUGCCUCAAUAUGAAUCCUGCCAGGGUCUGGCCAGCUAAAGAGUGUCUGUUUCAGCGUCAGCUGAGAAAUAAAUGCCGGCUCUGGGAAACCUUAAUCUCAUCAAGUUGUUUUGCCUAGGGCCCCCAAGGAGCAGAGAAUUUAGGCAUAUGUCUUUUGCGCCCACUUCAGGUUUGUCUUCAUGCAGGACAGAAUGCAUCGACCUCCAGGCUGUUUUAAAUCUCGUAGAUAAGCCAGAUACUGUGUUGCCAUAUGCCUUUGACCCACAUUUAAGUUGGAAUGCAGCUAGUUUGGAUGUCUGAAACUUUUUAGGCAUCUUUGUCUGAAUCCUGGUUAUUGAAAACUAUUGUGGUAGUUCAAAAACUGGUCAUCUGUGCAGGAUAGCCACAUAGCAAAAAUGUUUGCAAAACUAAAGAAGAAAAUUGCAGAAGAGACUGCUGUCACUCAGAGGCCAGGAGGUGCUACAAGGAUCCCACGGUCAGUGAGCAAGGAAUCAGUAGCCUCUAUGGGAGCUGACUCAGGAGAUGACUUUGCUUCUGAUGGAAGCAGCUCCAGAGAAGAUCUUUCAUCCCAACUUUUGAGAAGAAAUGAGCAGAUCCGGAAGUUAGAGGCCAGACUUUCUGACUAUGCUGAACAGGUCCGAAACUUGCAGAAGAUAAAAGAGAAGCUUGAAAUUGCAUUAGAAAAGCACCAGGAUUCUUCCAUGCGGAAAUUUCAAGAGCAGAAUGAGACAUUCCAAGCCAACAGAGCCAAAAUGGCAGAAGGACUGGCUUUGGCAUUAGCCAGAAAGGACCAGGAAUGGUCAGAAAAGAUGGAUCAGCUUGAAAAGGAAAAAAGAUUUUUAACAGCUCAGCUACAGGAAGUGAAGAACCAGAGUUUGAAUCUUUUCCAAAAGAGAGAUGAAAUGGAUGAAUUAGAGGGUUUCCAGCAACAGGAACUAAGUAAAGUCAAGCACAUGCUUUUAAAAAAAGAAGAAAGUCUGGGAAAGAUGGAGCAAGAGCUGGAGGCACGAACGAGAGAACUUAGUCAGACCCAGGAAGAGUUGAUGACCUCCAAUCAGAUGUCAUCGGAUUUAAGGCAGAAGCUGGAAGAAUUACAGAGAUGCUACUCAGCGCUGGAAGAGCAGAGAGAUCAUGUGACAGCAGGUGCAGAAAAUAAGAUAACAGCCCUGGAACAAAAGGAACAAGAUCUCCAAGCAUUCAUUCAGCAGCUUUCCAUUGAUUUGCAAAAGGUCACUGCUGAAACUCAAGAGAAGGAAAAACUCAUCACACAUUUGCAAGAGAAGGUUGCAUCUUUGGAGAAGAGAUUGGAACAGAACUUAUCAGGAGAAGAACAUGUGCAAGAACUCCUGAGAGAGAAAAUUGUUGCUGAGCAGAAUUUGGAGGAUACCAGGCAGCAGCUUUUGGCAGCCAGAAGCAGUCAGGCUAAGGCCAUUGACAUCCUGGAGACUCGGGUGAAGGAACUGGAACAGAGCCUUCAGGCCUCUGAGGAGCGGCUCAGGCAGAGCAGGGAUGUCGUGGCUGCGCAGGAUGCACAGAUCCAGGAACUCGCUGCGGCGAACCGGGACAGCAGCCUUGCGCAGCAGCAGGCCCUCACCCUGGAGCAGCAGUGCAGGGAACGCACCCAUGUGCUGGAGGCCCAGAUGGCCGCCCUGGCGCAGGCACAGGCAGCCGACCAGACAGCUGCUGAGUGCAGAAUGAGAGAGCUGGAACAAGAAAAUGCAGCCCUGAAAGAAAGCAGAAAUGAAUUUGAACAUUCUUUACAACAUCAUCAGUUUGAGCUAAAGAAGCUGAAGGAAGAGUGGAGCCAAAGAGAAAUUGUGAGUGUGGCCAUGGCUCAAGCCCUGGAGGAAGUGCGAAAACAAAGGGAAGAGCUCCAGCAACAGGCUACUGAGCUGACAGCUUCAAUAGACAAGAAGAACCAGAGUUUGCAAGAAAAGGCUGAAGAGCUUCUCCAGAAGGAGCAGGAAAUUCUCCAGCUGGAGAAAGGUCAUGCCUCUGCCAUGCUGCAGAUGCACCAGCUACAGAGUGAGCUGGAGGCCCUGAGGAGUCAGAGGGCCGAGGAAGUCCUGGUGACCGCAGUGCAGGAGGAGCUGCCAAGGCUACAGGGCCAGGAGCCACAUGUAACCUCAGAAGCUAUGCAGGACCCCAUGUGCCAGCUUCCAGCUGCAGACGGAACACCAAAUGGAGAGGUUGGGGCCAUGGAUCUAGGGCGGCUACAGAAGGAAAAACAGGACUUGGAGCAGCAGCUUACAGAGAAAAAUAAGACCAUAAAGCAGAUGCAGCAGAGGAUGCUGGAACUUAAGAAGACGCUGCAGAAGGAGCUGAAAAUCAGACCCGACAGUGAGCUUUUUGAAGUCCGGGAAAAGCCAGGCCCUGAGAUGCCAAACAUGGCCCCUUCUGUCACUAAUAAUGCUGACUUGACUGAUGCCCGGGAGAUCAACUUCGAGUACCUUAAACAUGUUGUUUUGAAAUUCAUGUCCUGCCGAGAAUCCGAGGCUUUUCACCUUAUAAAAGCUGUGUCAGUGUUGUUGAACUUUUCACAAGAGGAAGAGAACAUGCUCAAGGAAACUCUGGAAUAUAAGAUGUCGUGGUUUGGUUCUAAACCAGCUCCCAAGGGCAGCAUCCGGCCGUCUAUUUCAAACCCUCGGAUACCAUGGUCCUAGAGGGAACACCCAAGGAUGGAGCUCCGUGGGUUGACAUUUUUCUGUGAAAAGAACACUGACACACCAGCCUGGGUGGGUUUUUAAUCACUGUAAAUGCAGUAUUUUGUACAAGCGUCUAAAUAUUGUUUACAAGACUUUAGACUACCUUCCUGCAGGCUGACAUGAACCGCAGGAGGGAGCUGAUCCUGUUAUUCUGGUCACCCAAUAGGGAGGGUCCCAGCACUACCCAGACUUCCAGUGCUGCUAAUAUCCUAGCCCUGGCCAACACGGGAGUCCUCUUAACAUUAGCACGAAAAGCUGAAGCAGCGAUCAGUAUGUCAGGUUGCAACUGACUCAUCAUGUACAGGUGAUGUAUAGAGGCGACGACAGCCCUUUGAAAUGGUGACCAGCAGGCCACACCCACCUGCUU